AUGGCACGAAAAGGUUCCAAGAAGACCAAGACCGGGUGCUUGACUUGCAAGAUUCGCAAGAUCAAGUGCGACGAAACCAAGCCUUCUUGCCGACGCUGCAAUGACACAGGCCGAAAGUGCGACGGCUACUUGGCACAGGCAUCGGUCGAGUUCAAGAUUCAUGCAGCCCUGCGACAUCAUGGAUCAGACUCCGCAAGUGAGCGAAGGUCACUACAAUAUUUCUAUGAAUACGCUGCGCCUCGUCUAUCUGGCCCUAGGAAGCCUGCUUUUUGGACUUGCUUUGUCAUGCAGCUCAGCCAAUCUGAGCCAAUAGUGAAAUAUUCGCUCUUAGCAAUCAGUCACCUAUACGAGGCUCGCGAGAUGCGGGCAAUCCCAUCCACUAAACCUUUGCUUGCAUUACAGUACUAUAAUGCGGCAAUCAAAGGUGUGAAGGCUGUGCAAGAUCAGUCUUUAGUCCUGAUUGUAUGCGUCUUGUUUACAUGUAUCGAGCUGCUGCAGUCAAAUAACGAGACCGCGAUUCGGCAUUGCAAACACGGCAACCAAAUCUUAGAGAUUUAUGGCAGCGACAAACCCUGGAUACGAGAUCACAUCGUACCAGUCUUUCGGCGAUUGAGCGUCCUUCCGCUGCUCCUUGGAAGGCCUCCUGCGGACUCAGCACUCACACAUGUCCUAAGAUAUGCGGUACCAACGAGAUUUGAUAACGUGGAGGAUGCACACUCGAUGAUCGACGAAAUUUGCCGACGAUUAAUGAUUUUACAACAUUGGAAACGGAAAGGAGCUGAUUUCGAUCAGGUGAAGGAGCGGAACUGCAUCGGUUCUCUGUUGCAGAAAUGCAGAGAAUUGAUGGAUGGCCUCGACAUUGACUCAACAUCUCAGCCAAAUUGUGCUAGCGAAGGUCCGCAAGCACUGAUGCGUAUGCGCUUCCACACAUGUCAAGUUUGCUUCGAUAUGCUGUUCCCAGUAGAUCAUGGGGGCAACGAUGAAAGACACAUACACGGCUUCCGCGAGAUGAUUGCGUUGGCUUCUGAAUUUAGUAAUAUGCGGACCAUACGGCUACCACGAUUUGUUUUUGAACUUGCAUUCUCACCUGUGCUGUUCUUCGUUGUCACAGAGUGCAAGUGCUUAGAAGUGCGGCUUUCAGCUCUCCGUCUGAUAAAGGUACUAGGAGCAGAAAGAGAGGGCCUCUUCGAAAGCCAAAACUUGUACGCUCUGGGGCGCCGAAAAGUCCAAACAGAACAUGGUGUGAUUUUGGAUGACUUCGACUACCCUCAAGAUUUGGUUUUGAAUUCGGAUAUAGAGUUUUGA